GAUUUUGAGUGUGCCACACAAGUCGUCUGCUUGGCGCACGCACGCACAUUAAACGAGCGGAGCUCCAGCGAGCGACGCGUGCAAGCCAGCGCGAUGAAGAGGAGGCUUCAGAAGAAAUAUUUGAUUCUGAUCCUCGCUUACACGGGUUUGCUCCUGCUCAUCCCCUAUGUGUUCGACUUCGGGGAGCGCUCGGUCCAGCGCGCCAAGCAUGGGCUUCUGCAGCAGCAACAGUCGCGGUGCUCGGACCUGAAGAAUGCCGUGGCGCUGCUGUGGGAGCACGGCUACAAAGUGGACGGCGCAAACGGCACGGAGCCGCCCGGGCCCGGCCAAUCUCGCACGCACAUCUAUCUGCACGCCACUUGGAGGACCGGCUCGUCGUUCCUCGGCGAGCUGUUCAACCAGCACCCGGACGUGUUCUACCUGUACGAGCCCAUGUGGCACAUCUGGCAGGCCCUGUACCCCGGUGACGCGGGCAGCCUGCAGGGCGCCGUGCGCGACAUGUUGAGCGCGUUAUUCCGCUGCGACUUCUCCGUGCUCAAGCUGUACGCCGGCUCACAGAACCUCACCACCGCCUUCAUCUUCGGCUGGAAGAUGAACAAGGUGGUGUGCUCCGAGCCGCUGUGCGACGCCCACCAGCGCCACCGCGUCGGCCUGGUGCAGGAGGACCGCUGCGCCAAGUGCCCCAAGCGGGACAUCCGCGAGCUGGAGCGGGAGUGCAAGAAGUACCCGGUGAUGGUCAUCAAGGGCGUGCGGGUUCUGGAUCUCAACACCCUGGUGCCCCUCAUGAAGGACCCGGGCGUCAACUUGCACAUUGUGCAGCUAUUUCGCGACCCGAGAGCCGUGCACAACUCUCGCCUCAAGUCCAAGCAGGCUCUGGUGAAGGAGAGCAUCCAGGUGCUGCGGAGCAAGAAGCACAACGACAAGUACAAGCGUCUGCUUGUGCCCAACAACCGCAUGAACCGAGCCGAGAGCUACGUUUCCAGCGCCAUGGAGCUCAUCUGCGACAACUGGCUGGGUGACAUGAUGCUGGUGACCAACGCGCCACCCUGGGUGCGCCGUAGCUACCACCGGGUCCGCUACGAGGACCUGGUCCUGCACCCGGCCGAAGAGCUGAAGAAGCUCUACCGCUUCUCCAACCUGUCCUCGUCGCCGGCGCUGGAGAGCUUCGCCCUCAACAUGACCCAUGGCCGCGGUUACUCAUCGGACCGGCCCUUCCUCAUCUCGUCACGGGAUGCCAAGGAGGCCAUCUAUGCCUGGAGGGAGAGGCUCAGCGUGGAGCAGAUCAACCAGGUGGAAGCCUAUUGCAGCGAGGUCAUGUGGCAGCUCGGAUACCCCAAGCACGGCGCGGACAAAACCACAUGAGGAGGUCGUACGGGGGCCUGCAAGUCGAGGCUGAGGGCAAAAGUCUAUGUCCAGUUAGAGCAGAGCUGACUGGGAGCAGCCAAGCGCACAAAGACCAUGACCAGGAGUAGGAAGAACUCAAAAAGUGGAAUGCUUCAAAGACUGGGGAGCCUCUUACCACUUUUCCCUGUUCAGCAGCAGCCAGGAGGCUGCUUGAUGCAUCAAAUGCUCGAUUUUAGUCGCACUAACCCUACCUACUCUAAAUCCCUGCAAAAGGUUGGGUGGAUCAGAGGUGGCAGCAUCAGCUUCACCUUGCCAUGACUAAGCUAAGUGGAUCUGCUAACCAUGCUAACUGGAAAGUUCAAGGAGAUUCCAAUGUGUGUGCUUUGAGGGGCCUGCGUGAGGAAGUCUUGUUCCUCCCCCGCCUCCACCUAAUUCCAAGGCCUCUUAGCCUCGGAGGAAUCUGGACAGCUGCUGCAGCACCACACUGACAAAACACUCACAUGGGCGGGACUUUUUUUUUUUUUUCCGACCCCUGUCCUUCCAAUGACUUAAAACACAAAACAAAUGGUACUGAUUAGGGUUGAAAAAGUUGGCUUAAAUUUACUGUGAAUUUUCCAGCCCCUUUGCAAUCGUAAUCCUGAUUAUUUAUAUCUAUCCUGUUGUGUUCAAACCAUUGUGUUACGGCCUGCAUCCAGAUGAUGGAUGUUUUGAUGAUCAACUUUACAAGUUGGACUUUUUUGUUUUGUCAUACUUUUUAAGCGACAUGAACUAUUUAAAGUGACCUCAAUAAAGGAUUUGUCAAAACCAA